GCUCCACAUGACGUCACCCGCUGCCCCGCGCUCCAGCAGAAACGCGCAAAGAUGCUCUGAAAACAAGACUGCAGCAUCUCCGAGCCAGAGCCUACAAAAACAUCGCAUCUCCUCCAAGCGCUCGUCCAUCCAACUCUAUCAGCAGGGUUUGCCCACCUACACGCGGGAUCCGCUGUUUUUGUCUCUCGCCUCUUGUACAUUUCCCGUUGCUAUUUAUUAUCCGCGCACAUCUUCCCAGUUUCUAGCAGUGAGUUCUGCUGACCACUGAGGUCAUACAUUGUUUCCAGCAGGAGAGCGCCAUCGCAAGCCACGAGUGAGGACGUUUCCCCACAUCACUUGUUAUUAAUAUCAGUGCAGCCUGAGCAUAAACGAGCCACUGGAUAUCGAUGCGUCUUUCGUUCUGUGUCUAGGCUGCUACGGAGGAUCGACGCACCCCAAACAUUCAUAUCAUCUUGGUUUCACAUUUAGAAACGACCAUAUCUGCGUAUCGCUUCCAGGGAAAACGAGAGCGAGCCUAAAGCUUCUUUAUAAAAAAUGAUGGCCGGUGGGGCAGUGCAGCAAAACGGGAUUUUCUCCAAUCCGCAUCAUCACAAUCAACAGCCGCACAUGGAGUCUGAUCCCCCCGAUUCCCGCAAAAGACCCCUGGAGACCCCGACGGAGGCCAGCAGCACCAAACGCACAAACACAGGAGAGAGAUGCAACCAAGCGGCCAUCCAUGAUCCACCAUUUUCAUCAGAUUUUGUCGGAUUUCACGAGGAAGGCGAAUAUUUCUUGAAGGUGCUGAUUCCAAGCUACGCCGCGGGCUCCAUUAUUGGCAAGGGUGGUCAGACUAUUGUCCAGCUACAGAAAGAGACAGGGGCCACCAUCAAGCUGUCUAAAUCCAAAGACUUCUACCCGGGAACAACAGAGCGUGUCUGCUUGAUCCAGGGCACUGUAGAGGCGCUGAACAGCGUCCAUGACUUCAUUGCAGAGAAGGUGCGGGAGAUGCCGCAGAGCGCUCAGAAAACAGAGCCGGUUAGCAUACUUCAGCCACAGACCACCGUCAACCCUGACCGUGUCAAACAGGCCAAGCUCAUAGUGCCCAACAGCACUGCAGGGCUAAUCAUCGGCAAGGGCGGAGCCACGGUGAAGGCUGUCAUGGAGCAGUCCGGCGCCUGGGUCCAGCUCUCGCAGAAACCCGAAGGCAUCAACCUGCAGGAACGUGUUGUCACCAUCAGCGGAGAGCCUGAGCAGAACCGCAAGGCUGUGGAGAUCAUUGUGCAGAAGAUCCAGGAGGACCCACAGAGCAGCAGCUGUCUGAACAUCAGCUACUCCAACAUCUCCGGCCCUGUGGCCAACUCCAACCCCACCGGUUCCCCAUAUGCCAAUUCGGCGGAGGUGAUGCCGGCUGCUGCGGCAGCAGCGGCGGCCACGGCCUCCAGUCUCCUAGGGCAGGCCAGUCUGGCUGGAGUGGGCGCUUUCCCCACCACCAUGUCCAGCUUCUCAGGGAACGACCUGCUGGCUAUCACAUCCGCACUGAACACAUUAGCCAGCUACGGAUACAAUACCAACUCCCUGGGCCUAGGGCUCAACCCUGCGGCUGCCUCAGGAGUCCUCGCCGCUGUGGCUGCAAGCGCAAACCCUGCCGCAGCCGCGGCUGCCAACCUGCUAGCCUCCUACGCCAACGACGCAACCACCAGCUCUGCCCACCAGGCAGCCAGCCUGGGAGGCUUCACGCUAGGAUCGCUCGCUGCCGCCACCGGAGCCACCAACGGCUACUUGAGCGCUGCUUCCCCACUCAUGGCGAGCUCCCUGCUGGCCACCGAGAAGCUGGCCGAGGGGGCCAAAGAUGUGGUGGAGAUUGCAGUGCCGGAGAACUUGGUGGGUGCCAUUUUGGGGAAGGGAGGCAAAACGCUUGUGGAGUACCAAGAACUGACGGGAGCCCGCAUUCAGAUCUCCAAAAAGGGAGAGUUUGUUCCUGGCACCAGAAACCGUAAAGUGACCAUUACCGGAUCGCCAGCCGCCACACAGGCAGCCCAAUAUCUUAUCAGCCAGCGAAUCACAUACGAGCAGGGUGUGAGGGCCACCAAUCCGCAGAAGGUGGGCUAAAAACAGGGAGCAUGAAAAAAAGGAGAGAAAAAGAGUGGGGGAUGGGGAAGAUACAGAGAAAGAUGGAGGGCGCGAAUAUCGACGAAAAUCGGCCACAUUCUUUGUGGUAAAAAUCUCAGUAUUAAAAAAAAAAAAUGGAAAGAAUUCUUCUCAAGAAAAUUUGAAAAAGAAAAAUGUGUAAAAUGUAAAUAUGGGUUUAAUCCUUAAGUUCUGGAUUUUUAUUGGUUUUAUUGAUUUUGUUUUGUUUUUUGUUUUGUUUGUUUUUGUGCAUUUUCUGGACAGCAGUGAAUGGCAUUUCAACCUGGCAUGCUGCCAUGCUGCAGUUCCCAGCAGGUGGGCAAGGUGGUCGGAUGGGGGACAAUGGGGUGGAGCAAUCCCAGGAAUUGGCCCUUUCCCCACCCCCAUCCCCUCCUAGCUGACAGAUUUUUGUUCUUUAAUUUUGUAGUCCUUAGUUUAACUCCCACCCUUUCGCCCAUGCCUUCUUUUUAAGAGGGCCUGAGACUGAUUAAAUAUCCCCCCCAGACACCCCAUACCCCAAACCCCAGCUCCCCUCGCCCCAGCCCUCCCAAUCCCAGUCAGCCCGACCCUGCCCCGCGCCGGGACAGGGCAGGGGAUGUGAGGCUGCUAGACAUUGACCUGGGGUUCCAGUUGGACCAGGUGCAUGCCACUACAAAUGUUGUUAGCAUAAGGGAAGCUUGUAGAUCAUGUUGCGGACAUAGGCCAGGAUGCAAAAUGCACCUGAAUCUUUCGUACCAGAGCUCCAAGAAAAUUGUGGCAUUCGUCUAUGGGAUUUAAGGUCUGGUGUUUAUACAAAUACUAUUAUCAUUAUUAUUAUUACUACUACUAUUAUUAUUAUUAUUACAAAUUAUUAUCACCAUCAACGUUAUUUAUUAAUAUGAUUUCACCCAUAAGGACUGAGGUAUUUCCUUUUGUUUUUCUUAAUCUGUGAAUUCAGGUUGACAUGAAUGUAAAGACAAUAUUUUGGAUUUAGUUUUUUAUUUAAGUAGAUUGAAUCGUGUGUCCAUGUAAUAUAUGUCUUAUUUAACAUCCAGUGAUAACUGCACCGUCAGCACCAACAGAGAGAAUAGGGGCAGAUGUACUGUACAGUGAUAUUCAUACAAAAAACACACACUCAGCAAACUAUUACCAGAUUGAAAUGCUGAAAAAGCAACUAAACAUACGCAGACUUGAAAACACAGUGGGACUAGACAAUUUAUUCACAUAUCUACUGAAUGAGAAUGUAGGUCUUUGCACAAGUCCAAGGGAGUGUCCGAAUACGACUUUAUAUGAAAGCCAGUACUUUUAUGUAACAUCCCAAAACAUAUCCCCAUCUUUACUCUACGCUGCCCCUCUCCAGUGCGAGAUAUUGUGCACUCUGAGCCGCUGCAGUCGAAUAUCUGUGCAAAUCAGCAGGAAAAUGUACGUAGAUAUUUCAUAUCAAAUCAGAAAUUGGCACUCAGAGCUCUGAGGCGUUUCAUGAACAACAUACUACUGAAUGACGACGAACAAAUUCUGAUCUGCACAGGCUGCUCAGUAACACGGAAGUCCCAGGUUGUCUUUUCUAUGACAAAUUUUAGAACAGGCUGCCCGUGUGAAGGUCAUCCUGUGCAGAUCUGUAAUACCCAUGUGCGACGUAUGUGCUGCUAAUAAGGUCCUAUUUCCUUUUUGUUUUAAAUCGGAGUACACUGAAUUUCGUCUUAAUGCACUGUGAAGUGUGGAGGCCGUGAUGGAAGGCCAAAAAAGUCAGGGUUUCUAUAUCGUUAUCGCAUCGGUGCAUCACCAUGAUGGAAUGUACUCAUGUGGAACGUCUCAUAUUUAUAACAACCUACAUGGAGACAAGGUAUCACUUACCGUAGCGCGGAAAGGAAGCCUAGAUGGUUUGUUAGGUUGAGGUCAGACCCUUGGACCAGUUUUUUGGCAUCAUGUUGCAGUAUCCAACCUUACCUUUCCAAGUGUGCACUAACUACCCGCCAGCUGACCAUGUAUAUUUCUCAAGAAGGGGCAGAGGAUGGCAUAUUCUGUACGUUUAAACAACAACAUAUUGAUUCUUUACCGGCUGGAAUGAGCUUAAAAAUACCAAACUGCUCCGUAUUAUCAAGACUUUAGCAUUUCCCAAAGAAGAAUUAGACCAACAGGAAAAGACAGCUUGUGCUCUCUCUCCCAAUGACUAAAGUUAUGAUUCUUUCCUCUCCUCUGCUAUUGGAGCACCAGGGAGAGUAAAUCUGAACCGAUUGGUAAGGAGGCUUCUUUAUUCUCAUCUAAAAACCAUCACCUCCCCUCACCUUUUCUCAACACCCCCUUUUACCUUCGUGCACCCCCAUUCUGACACAUCAACCAAGAGACCCCCUUUUCUCUCACAUCUCUCCAUGGGUGGCGAUGUCUGGCGUAACAGUGCAUGUCUGCUUGCCCUUUCACAAAACAAUGACGAUGCGAAAGGGAAGAUGCGCCUAAAGAGUAGAACUAGAUUGCAGUAGAUCACACUUGCGCACAUCAUACCUUCCAAAAGGGACUUAAUACAACCAUCCAUGUGUUUGUAUGGUGUGCAUGUGUGUGGUGUAAAUGCGUGUAAAAGUGAUAAGUUUGGAUAAACAUGAAUAUGUUUAGCAGUUGCGCCCAAGUUGAGGAGGUUUGAAACAGCAAUGACUCCAGGUACUCUACUAAAAGAUAGCUGCACGUUUUGGUUGAGGUGCGAUUUUCAAACAAUAGGACGUAAUAGUUCAGAUUUGAAGAUCAAGACAAGAAAGCGAUGGCAAUCGAGCGCCUCUGCAUUUUAGAGUGCAUCUGUGAGUUCGGUUUUACCCAUGAUGCAGUACUUCAUCAGACACUUCAGAGCUUGAACGAGUCUCAGUAGAUCCCCCAGAUAUUUUUUUUCUUGUUUAAAAAAAACAGUUACAUCACCGUUUGAUUUAAGACACAUUAAACGCAAGAUAUUACUGUGACAAUUCAAUGUGAAAACUAUAAAAGGUGCCAAUAUAGUGUCAAGGAGCAGCUUUCUGUUUUGUUGUUUUUGUAUUCAGUACUGAAAGUACAUAUGGGGGAGGGGGGGUCUUUGUUUUUUUUGUUAGUAACUGGGAAAAUAGAUCCAAUGUGAGGAGUACUGAAAGCAAUAUACGUGGUAGCAUGUCGUCAUGUCUUGUCCUUUUAUUCUGUCUGUGUAGGAGCUUUGGAUUUACCUAGAUGUUGAGUAGAUUUGCAUAUACUAUUUUUUAAGUUGUGAAGAUGCUGCUAUUGAAUAAGUGAUGUACUAAAAUGUAAGAUUAAAAAACAUAUCUGGUCAGUCAUUUAGCAGGAUGUGGUAGUUGUAAGAGGUGUAUCUAAAUGCUACAUUGAUGAUUAAAUAAUUGCUAUAUCAGUGGAUUAAAUAAACCUGUGCCAAAAUAGAUCUUUACAGAAUUAACGGUGAUUUAAACACCAUUAGUUAAGAGCAGACAUACUUUUGUAAUUUAAUAAAAAGAAAAAAAAUGUGAAAAGUGCCAAACAAGCCACAGUUAAGAAAUAACUAGUAAGGGUUAAGUGACUAGAAAAGCAAAAAAUAGACAUUAGCACUAUAAGGAUGAGUUUUCUGCCCCCUUAAAUUAUCUAGUCCUUGUUAAAAAUAAGGGUGGGAUUCAUCUCGUAGGCCAAAAAAAAAAAAAAAAAUCCCCUGGGGCUAGAAGACUGCCGAGUUAGCAUAGCAUGGCUAAAGUUUUAUAAGAUAUCAGCAUUCUUAAGUCAGCCUUUUAUAGUUCUGAAAAUGUAUUUUGUGAAGAUAGAUGUUAUCUUUUUUGCACGUCGAUAUUGCAUGAUACUAAGUGAAGCGUGGAUUAAAAAAAAAAAUGUGAAGACAAAAAAAUCGUAAAAAAAAAAAAAAAAAAACAAUUAGGCAAUGUGUAUUCAUUUUGAGGACAAAUCUUUGCAUGGCAACAACAGUUUGAGCUAUUAAAUUAGCUUUUUCACAUUUUUACCUUUUUAGUUUUGCUAAGACCAAGCUGGAGUUUUUGUUGUCCAUGAAAACUAGGCCACAGAAACCAAAUCCAUUCAUAGUCAUGAUCAUAUUCAGCGUCAUAACUAUAGCACUCAUUUUGUACAGACUUAUCAAUGUUUUGUGAUCAUUUCUAAGAAAACAAUGGGAAAAGUCGGGUAAUGGAGGGUUAUUUUAGUGACAUUAACAUGGCCGUGAAUGUAUUCACCACUACAUAAGUUUGCAUAUCACUCUUUCGAUCAUGAUUUUAGGGCUUGUGUUUGCUGUGUCAGUACUAACAUCAUUAGGCUUCUGUUUUUAGCUUGUUCUGCCAUCACUGCACAUUAAGCUUGGCCCAUUCUCGCGAGAAUAUGCACUUUAUACUUCUCUCACGCUUCACGCCACCCCAGAUAAGAGCAGCCCUGUUUCCGCCAAACUGCUUGAAUCCUUUACCUCAGAAAGGGGCGGGACUUCCUGAUGACAUCAUGACGCAAUGAUGCAGCACUACUGUUUGCAUGAGAACGGAUUUGGCCAGAUGCUCGAAGCUGACCAAAAACGGCAGAAUUGUUUUUACAGAAAUCGUUAUUUUGACAGCGUUUUUUAUUAUUAUUAUUAAUGAUAAUAAGUGCCAAAAAGGGCAUGUCUGAUAUCAUGAAUAAUGUUUUUUUUUUUUCUUUCUCUCUCUCAAUUUCAAUGUCAAAAUUGCACUGUGCUUAGUCAUGGUUGCUAUGUUUUCAUGCGUAGAGGAGACGGCGCAGUUGUGUUUUUGUGCAGUCAAGAUGAAUGCAAACUUAUGGUUUAGCUGAUGUCGAGAAGGUCAUUGCUUUUAUCUGGGCGCACGGCUAGAGCUCGUCGCUCUUCCCAAACCCCACAUGCCCCCCCCCCAGUCCAACACCCCACCCCACGCCAUCAGAAGACGACAGUCCGGGGUCACUCUUGAGCUCGUACCCAUUGAAGCACCAGCAAUGUUUAAACACAUUUGUCAUAUCACUGUUCUGUUCUCUUUUUUAUUUUUCUGUUUUUAUUUGUACGACACUCUCUAACCUAGACCAAGUAUAACAAAAAUGUCAUUCAUAUGUAUCCUGUUUACUCUCCCUUUUUCUCCCUUUUGCACUUUCACUGCUCCCCUUUUUUCCAACCACUCCCCACUCUUCUGCCGACCUCCCCCUCACACCCUCCCAGACUUUCUCCUGAGUGCCAAACAAAAACAGUACCAUUCCAAACUUUUUGAGUUCUCUUGUAUGUUGGACAUCCAUUGGACGCACCCAUGAAGCCAGCAUGUUUCUCCAUAACAUGAUGUCAGUCAUGACGCCUCAACAUUACCCAAAAAGCGAGCAGUAAAAGCAAGAACCUGGAUUAACACGGUAAAAACACGGCUGGCUACCUCUCAUAAACUGCUUUUCCUUAUUCUGUCAUCUCUUCAACCUCCAGGACAUCACUGAUUGUGUGCCAUAAUGUUGGGGGCACUGUCACUCUCCUCACCCCCGAGUCUCUCCAUUUGAUUUUCUCGAUGGAAAACAUUAAGUGCAAGCAAAGAAAAAAAAAAUCAAUUUUAAUGGCAGGUUUCUUUUUGUUGCUUUAGCAUAAAAACAUGCUCAAAAAAGCUGAGGAGUGUGUAAACGUCAGCCGUGCAGCCAUCUUCUGUCUUCUGAACUUUGAACUUCUCACCCCUCAUGAACUUUAUUGACCUUCUUCCUCCCCUUCUGUGUUCAUCAACUGUUUGGACUUAAAAUCUCCAUUCCAUCUCCAAACUUUGAGACUGUGCAAUUCUAGUUGAGAUGAUUGGAUUUAUUUCUCUUUUGUAAGUCAUCAUUGGGGACGAAAAAAAUCAUAAUAAUAAAAAAAGACACAAAAGAAUGAAAAAAAAAAAAUUAAUAAGAUCCAAACUGUUUCCUCCACAAUUUCAUUAUUUUCUCUCAUUGUAAAUAUCUGUCAGAUUUGGUUGAACUGUAACCAGAAACGUGUUCAACGUAAUGGGGCUGGCAGCAUAAAAUCGCUUUUGUGGAGUGCUCCUACGAGCAACCAAUAGGAAGUUGAACUAAACUAAACUAAAGAAGCUCAGAGAAAGAUUGAUUUGAGGCCAUCAGGUGGUCAAAAUCCAGAUCCGGCCCCUUCACAUAAUGCAUAAUCACUACUAACCGCCAAGGUAGACUAAGAUUAGUGUAGGUUUCAUACUUGAACUGAUGGUAGUUGCUAAUCUCAUUGUACAUAUCAGACGUGUCAAGUGUAAAUUGUGAUAAUGUGUCGAUUAGGUGUCUUGACCAUUGCAGCAUCUGUUCACGAGACAAAAUUGUUUCUCUGUGAUGCCAAACGAUCAUUUUCAUGCGUCUCAACCAUGCUUGAGCUCCACAUCUAAUGUUUCUAUGCUGCCAGCUUUGUUUUCUGAUAACCCUUCAUGAGCUUAUUUAUUUUCAAAAUACUAUACACUAUUAAUAAAUGGCAUCAAGAAACUAGACAAAAGGGAAUGACUGGAAAGAUGAAUUACUGUUUUGUUUUAGCAUUUUAGUGGUUUCUUUUAACAUCAUCCAUUAACUGACUUUAAAAAAGUAUUAAAUAUUUAAUGUAACUGUAGCAUUGUGUUUGUACAAAAAAUAGUGAGUUGUGUUUCUUGACUUGUGGAUUACCAGUGAAGUCAGCAAUUUAGUGCUAAUAUCUAUUAAGUCGUUCCUUUUCUUUUUCUCUUUUUCUUUUUUAUUUAAGGGUUAUUAUUUUCCGACAGCAACAGCAGUCAUUAUAAAUGUUCAUUUUACCAUCACCUGUCUUCUGUUGUCUUAUUCUUCACCUCCCACUACACUCAGUUUCAUCAAAUAACACAUUGCAAGUUCGUGCCUGAAACCAUGUGCUCGGUCUUGGGGGAGGGGCCAUGCUGCGUGAGUGAUGCGAGCGAGCGAAUGAAUGAACGAAUGCGACUGUUUGUGAGAGGCUUGGCCGGGCAGUUGUUAUGUUUUCUGUCCACCUAAAGCUAAAAUCUGUUGGGUUUCCAUUUACCAAUGGAACCUGCUGAUGUUAUAGCUCAAUCCCAUCAUGUAAGCCUAGUUGAUUUUGAUCGUCCAUAACUCCCCCUCCUCCGUUUGCCAACCACUUUCCACCACUACCUUUACCCUCCCCUCCCUUACGAGCCAUUCCCUCGCCACGCACCUCCCACGCCAUGUGAUGUUCUCCAUCGAUAACAUACUACUCGACCAGACCCACAUUAACUCUGUUCUCAUGCCUGCAGAGGAGGCGGUUGCCAGUCACCUCGCCCUCCACUCAUGAUCCGCCACCAUCCCUUACCGGCUGCCAGGGCCAGGCCCGAAUUUUAUUAAAUUAUUGCUAAUUAAAAAAAAAGAAAAAAAAAAAAAAAA